GCAGCACAUGAGGAACUGCACUCUGAGCGGGAACCAGCUCUUCCAGGACAUCCUGUCCUACGACCUGUCGCUGAUCGGCUGCUCCGACGGCAGCUCGGACGAGGACGUGUGCGCCGCCACAGAGAAGUACAUGAAGAGGCUGUUCGGCUCUAACAAGGACCGCAUGGGCGUCGACCAGAAGGCCGUCCUCCUCGUCAGCAAAGUCAACGAAAGCAAGCGCCACGUCCCGCCCUACACCACCUACAAGGAUGCGAGGAGGUGGAGGCCGAAGCCAUCGACGCAAAGUGACCUCAGUCCUGAGGACGACGGCAGCGGCGACGAGGGGAUGGCGGCCGGUCACGUGACACCUGGCAGAGACAGCGGCGCUCACGCCGUCCUCUCUGCUCUGGACGCGUGCGUCACCUCGGAGGACAAACGCUACUUCAUCAGUGAGACGGACGACAUCGCCAACCUGGAGGCCAGCGUCCUGGAGAGCCCCCGAGACACUCAGCUGUGGAUCAAGCUCGCCUUCAAAUACCUCAGUCAGAGCGAGACCUCUGCGGCAGAGUGUUUGGAAGCCGCCCUGAACACGCUGUCACGCGCUUUGGAGAGCAACUGCGAUAAUCCCGAGGUGUGGAGCCAUUACCUGUCCUUGUUCUCCAGGCGGGGCAGCCGGGAGGAGGUGCAGGAGAUGUGCGAGAUGGCGGUGGAGCACGCCCCUGACUACAGAGUGUGGUGGAAUUACCUGAACCUGGAGAGCUCAUUUGAAGGGAAAGACUACGUGUGCGAGCGUCUGCUGCAGUUCCUCCUCGCCGAGGCGUCGUCUGGAGUCACAGAGAUGCUGUCCUUCGAGCUGAUGGAGGCGCUGCUCUACAGAGUCCAGCUGAGCCUGUUCACAGGCCGGCUGGAGAGCGCGCUCGCCGUCCUGCAGAACGCUCUGAAGUCACCUCAGGACCGGAGCAUCGCCGACCACCUGAUGGCCGCCGACCGGGCGCUGCUCUGGCUCUCCUACAUCCACCUGACGGAGUUCGACCGACUGCCGGCGUGCCUGUAUGACCCCGCGGAGUCCGGCCCGUCCCGUGUAGUCAGCAGGGAGCCGUUCCUGCUGCCAUGGAGGACGCCGCAGGACAUCAGCACGCCUGCCGACAUCCUCAUCGCUCUCUUCCAAGAUGGCGUCCGUCAGUGCAGCGACGACCACGCAUCUGACAGCGAGAGGACGCUGGCCUGCCUUCCUCUGCACACCAACCUCAUCUUCCUCUACAAGUUGCUACAAAGGUACAGCGAGGGCGUCGCGCUGUGCGAGUCGCUGCUCGAGUUCUGUCCCGAGUCGUGCGUUCUGCGAGACGCUGUGGCCGACCUCCACCUGCACGGCGGGAGCGGCGACCGGGCGGUCAGCAUGUGGCUCCACGCUCUGGCCGAAUGCCCCCACAACGCCGAGGUCUUCUACCACUGCUGCAAGUUCCUCAUGGCUCAGGAGGAGGCGGGCGCCAUCACGCCGCUGUUCAGAGGCUUCGUGCUGUCGCUUUGCGAGGACGAGCAGAGUCCGAGGACGCCCGUAGAUGUGCUGCGGCACAUCCUGGGCUUCUCCUCUUCCUCCGAGCUGCUGGGAGGUCCCGUCAUCAAGAAGGAGCUGCAGGAGCGGCUGAGCCAGCAGAUGAGCUUCCUCCACCUCAUUCACUGUCGGUGGCAGUGGCUGCACGGCUCGGUGGAGGACGCGGCGGAGGCGUUUGAGCGCGCACUGGGGGCGGUCACCCAGCUGGAGGAGCUUCACAGGCUGUGGAUGGAUUACCUGACGUUCAGCUGCAGCCCGCAGGCCCGCGCCGCCACCGCCGCCUCACAGUCCAGGACGUUCUCAGACCUGGUCCAGCGCUGCCUCAGCACCACCCCCUCAAGACUCGAGCUCCCCUUCAACGCCGCAGAGUUCUGGAGCUGCUACCGCUUCCACAACAAGGUGGUCGCGCUUUACCUGAGCUGCCUGCCGCCAUCCCAGCAUGCACUGGUUCUGGAGAGACUGUGCUACACUAUGCCCAAUAACACUGAGCUGGGCCUCAGGUUGUUGCACCAGGAGUGGCUGGAUGGGAACGUGGAGCACCUGAAGUUCCAGGCCCGGAUGCUGAGCGGUAACACCCCCAAGUGUCUGAGCAGCUGGAAAAUAGCAAUUGCUGUGGAGGAGGAGCUAAAGGAGCGAGCUGAGGUGCGUCACAUGUUCCAGCAGGCCCUGCAGAACCUCCCACUGAGCGCAGCCCUGUGGAAACAUCGUCUGCUGCUGGAGGCAGCGGACGGCGGGGCCUCGGAGCGCCUUCGGCGGCUGUGGGACUGCUGUCAGCGGGCGGGGGUGAGCGUGAGCGGGGGCGUCGGCCCAUCGCUCGGCGAGGACGGCUGAUCAGACUGAUCAAUAAUAGAUCAAUAAUGAGAGGCUGUAGGUGACUGAGUGAGAGCAGACGAGGUAAGCCAGACGUCCCCCUCCCCGGCCGCUGAAGCCACGCCCCCUCCGGGAGCGCGUCGGUGUGAGUGUAAGUAUCGAGAGCUGAGUGCCGCCCUCACUCUUCAUCACCUUUCUUUAGUUCCUCACUUUUCAGUUGGAGUCAUUUCCCUCCCUUUUAUAUCUCAUUUACCCGGCGGGGGGAGGGGGGUGCUGAGGGUGUGUUUGGCGCCUGUGUGUGUGUGUCAAGAGGACGCCGCCGUCGCCUGUCUGUGGACUCUUUAGUUAAACAAACUGAGUGUUACUGAGGCGACGCGGCGAGAAAGGGAGCGGAUGCAGAGACUGGACCGACCACCGCCGCUGUUGGCCACGCCCCUCUGAGACUCAUGUGCAAUGUGCUUUUGUUUUGUCAAUCAGCUGAUUAAAGAGUAUUAGCAGCAGAGGAGAUGCGCGUCCUGCCACUGAUGUUUUUUACAUUCACCUGUUAUUAAAUUAUUUUCUAAAAUAA